CCGCUGGCUUGGGCCUCGGCGCGCGCACACGGCUCACGAACGCAUCUUUUAUUGGGCGUGAGGCAAAACAGUCACAAUCUCGCAGCAAUAGCACGCGCAGCGAGCUCGCUGCUCCGGCCAAAACACACAACACAGAGACAAAAGAGCCAUGUCAGGACACGUCGAAGCAGCAGCCGACCGGCUCCAGGCCUUGGGAGCGUUCGAUAAGUCCGCUGUCGACGCCGCGGAAUUGAGCGGCCAAGAGAUCGCGCGCGUGCUCGUGCGGCUGGGUUUAGGAGCGCCGGAGCUCGCCGUCAAGCUGACGAACGGGGCCUGCGCCGCGAACUACCGCUGCGUUUUACGAGAUGGGCCGCCCGUGGUCCUCAAAGCGUGCGUCGGCGACGACUGCCGCGAACUCGCCGACGUGCAGCUCGACGUGCUGUCGAGACUGGCGAAGGCCUCGCCCGGCGUCGCGCCGGCGCUGCGGUCGCUGAACGCGGUCGACUGCACGACGACGACGGGGCGCCCGGCCUGCGCCGUGGCCAUGGCGCUCGCGCCGGGCCGGGCCUGCAACCUGCUGGUGGACGACGGCGAGCUGCCCGAGAGUGCCGCCUGCGAAUUGGUGGGAGCCGCGCUCGCCGCUGUGCAUGCGUCGCCGGUCGACGACGACGACGACCUGCCCGCGAUCGAGGGCGACGGCUGGAUCGAGCGCUACGCCCGGUGCGCGGCGCCGCUCGACGUGUACGUCGGCGCGGGUCGGCCGUGGGAGCCCGCGGAGCCGACGGGCUUCGUGCGGUGGGCGCUCGUCGACGGCGGGCGCCUGGAGCGCUGCCGCCAGGCGCUCCGGGACGCGUCGGCGAAGCUGCCAGCCGGCGUGCUCCACGGGGACCCGUAUCCGGACAACCUGUUGCACUCCAUGGCGACCGGGAUCUCUACGUUCGUGGAUUGGGAGGACGUCGGGCGCGGCCCGCUGGUCUUCGACGUCGCGUCGGCGGCGGUUGGGGCCUGUUUCCUCCACGAUUCCGUCGUAGAUUCCGUGCGGCUCGCGUCGAGCACGCCCCAGCGCGCGGCGCUCAAGGUCGAGUGCCUGCCUGUGUGGAAAUCAAAAUUUUACGGCGCGUUCGUGCUGGAUCGCCGCGUCAUCCUCCACGCCAUCGACGCGACGCCUGCUCGAUGGCGUGGUGAUGCCGGUUCCUCACCGCUCGACCGAUCCAGCACGGCCGCGUCAUCGCGGAGAAAUGACUUAGUGAAGAAUUGUCGGGUGCACCCGACGCACUGGUUGAUUUCCACACAGGUGCCUGCGCAAGAUGCUGGUGGCCUACUCGCGCGGGCGCCGGCGGGCAGUGCUGCUAGAGAGCCUCUCGCCCGAGGGUGGCCGGCCGCGGUCAGCCUCGGUUUGCCUCGGCUUCACGAAGGCCGAGGCGGCGGCGCUCCCGGGCCUGAUGGAGGCGAACGCCUACGCGUGCGCGCUCUACCGCUUCUACGCGUUCCAUGUCGCCGAUCCGGGCGCCCCGCGCGGGGCGAAGCGCUCCUACCGCGAGAUGCAGGCCGUCUGCCUAGCGCUCAACGAUGAAGAAGUGGUCGCUCAAAUCCGCGAAGCGGCCGACGCCGCCGUGGGCAUCGACGGGAGCGCCGAGUGAUCUAUGUCUCUAAGCUGACUUUGUG